AUGGUUCCACCUAGGAUGACCUCGCCUGCUACUCCAAAGGGGGAGGUAUCAACCCCGCCUCUUCCCGUCAAAACCUCGUCUAGGCGACCUGUUACUGCCAAAUCGGCACGAACCCUCUCCAAUUCUUCCAUCCCUACGCUCGCCAUCACCCGUCUCGCCAGGCAGCCUCCAACGUCGUCGUCGUCCAAUGCCACCCUCGUCCAGCACUCGCCUCUGCCCACAAACAGACCUAUGCGCUCCAGCAUCUGCCCUUCGUCUUCGCGUGCACCUCUGCCACACCCAGCUCUAGACCCGUCGCAGGAUCACCACCGCAGCGACUCGGGCAGAUCUACUGGCUCUUCGCGCUCGACUGCUACCACAGACAGCUUCUUCCUACCGCAAAAUUCACACGUGCCCAAUCGUCGAUUCAAGGACCUCCCAGUCCCUCCUCCCUCGUCUGCUUUGGCCGAUCCCCCUAAGCAAUCAAGAGCCUCAGACGCUCUACCUCUCGGUCUCAACAUCGCCCUUGGUUCUUCAACAGCAGCUUCCGCUUCACGUCCUGCGACGCACCUCUACCGCAGCCAGAGCUCGGUCAGCACUACCCCCACGAGUCCAGAGGAGGGCAACGGCUCCUCCUUGGGUGAUGCGUCCCCGGCCGACUUCCCCAUCCUCGAUGAUGACGGACUUGAACGCAAGACAAACGUCAGAUCGGACGAGAUCGAUUCCCUCGACGACUUCUGGCGGUCCGACUAUUCCUACGCUCGACCUUCGUUGGACGUUGCGCGCGCUUCCUUGCCUCCUCUCAUGCGUUCCAACGCGCCCAUCCCUCCCUCGCGAUCGCAGUCGCUCGAUCCAUUUGCCGUGCCUUUGAACGUGUGCACAGCCGCUGACGGCGCGAGCAAGACCUCAGAUGACGACCACACUGUGCAAAAGCAAAGCUCGCCCGACGGUCCCGUGGUACCACUGGUAGCAGCCAAUCUGCAAAAGCUCAAUUCGCAAAACACCUCCAGCUCUCUGGCCGGUCCGACGCUGUCCUCCUCGGUCUUGUCUUCUCCCUGCGGCGCACCGACUUGUACCAAACGCAGCGACGAUCGCCUUGCAGUACCUCAGCGCUCUUCUUACAAACCCGCCCUCACGUGCACUAGCUCUGACAGCUCUGCGGUCGACCACCGCUCGCAACCGAACAAGUCUAGCUCCAGUCUUUCCACCUCGUCGGCGCAUGAGAACGAAAAGGCGAUGCUUGCCACCGCAUCCAAGCGCUCCUCGACAUCCUCCAGCAGUUCCUUCCGAAUGACCUUGUCCAGGCAAGCCAAAACGCUCCGAAACUCGUUCAUGUGGACUCCACCCGCCAAUGCCCAAGCGCACCUCAAGGGGCCUGAGCGCGUCGUCACAGCAGGCUCCUCGUAUCCGGUCGCGCAAAGCUCGAGUCCGAAUCUGAACUUGACCCUUCCUACAACAACGUCUCCGCCUGUUGAAGCGUCAUCCACUGCUGCCUCUGGAAGCGUUGCUCGUGCGCAAAAGCCAAAGUCUGCCCCUACUGACAAGACGAGUAAGCCGAGUUCGUCGCGUUCAUCUCAAAGCUCUCUUGACGUCCAUUUGAGGCAGUCGGCGAUGCAAAGUCGUCGGUCCGACGCAAACGUGGACUCGUCCGCACCCGCGCCCAGCGCAGCUCACAGCUUCAAGCCUCUUCCGUCCACAGACUGCACUAAGCUGAACGAGCGACCAAAGUCGCGUCUCUCUUCGCGUCUGACGCUGCAGAACACAAACUGGUCCAUGAAGAUCUCGAAUCUCAAGACGAAGAAGUCCGGGGGUACCGUUACAACUUCCACGCCUACAGCACCGAUGGCGACUUCGGAGCCGAGCUCUCGCGCCCCGAGCAGGCGUUCGAAGAGUCAAGCGUCUCUGUCCUCGACAGGCACGAUUGUACCCGGUGGUACCCUUCGUGUCAAGACGCGCGACAUUGUGAAGCGCCCUUCUGUCCUGCAAGUCUCUGAACGACCGGGAUCGUUGGCGACCACAUCGACGCCGCUUCGCACGAGUGAACGCUCUAGCGCGGAGCCUCAGCUUUCUCCGUCGUUUGCCCAGAGUUUUGCAUUCCUCCAGAGCCAGAUCGAUCCGCCGGGCCAGACGUCGCCUCUGCUGGCUGUUGCUCUUCCGCCGCUCAAGGAUGCUCAGAUCAAUGUCUCGGGCCUGGUCGACGAGGCUCGAUUGCGUGGUGUGCCCGAAGCGGAACCAGCCAGGCUCGAGAAUAAAGCUGCCCGAGAGUCAAAGACGGAUCUUGUAAGAGACGAGGUGUCUGGCCUGAGCUCGCACCCGACACGUUCCCAAGCAGUUGAUGGCCAGGAAGCAGUGUCUCGAGCAUCCCUUUUUGAUCGACUUGCCGACUCACCCGAGGCCGUGUACAAGACGCUGGUUCUGCCAGCACCGAAGGCUCUGCCUACCUCGCAGUCGCUCGAUGGCAUGGCCGCUAUCUCUGGCAGCACUUCGAAGAAGCUGGGACACAAGAAGCACAUUUCGCUCGGCUCUGCCAACUUGAUCUCCAGGUCAGCGCGACGUACGGCUGCAGACCCAGACCAGCGCGCCAAUGCGACACCUGUCGCUCAUGGGCAUGUCAGCACAAGGUCUAGCUUUUCGGGUGCUUUGCCCAUGUUCACGCCCGUGGACGAAGAGAACUUCUUCUUUGACGCCCUCGCUUCCCCUCUCAACGAGAAUUCCUCCAAUGCCCCCGCAAGCCCUUCUCCGGACGAUUCUGUGUUGCCCACCUUUGCCACAGCGACGGACUUUUUUCCAUUGACAGCGACGGAACCGGUCAGCCCGGUAUUUGAUCGCACGCUAGCGUCGCCGAGUACCCCUGCCGUUACUGCGAUGACACCGUCGGCGACGCAAGCUUUCUCGCAGCCAAACCGAACAUCGCUCGGACGUCGUCUUUCAGGCGUGUUCGACACUUCGAGACAACGUUCCGCUCGGAAAGAUUUGUUGGCUUCUCCACCGCAAAGUCCUCGUACUGAGUCUACGCCCUUGUACGCUUUGCCGGCAAGGGCGGAAACGAGCCUUGGCUUCUACCUGCGCAAUUCACUGCGAAGGGAGCGCAAGGCGUCUCUAAAGACGGCACCGCCACAGCCUACAUUGCCGCAAAAUCGAACGGAUGGUGCCAGCAUGACAAGUGACAGCAAGUCACCGGCCGCAGGUGUUCGCAAGAUGUCUUCCGGCUUCAGAUUGGAUCGAUCGUCUCCGGCUGAUCGAGCUGAAACGUCGCUCGGACUGGCGCUUCCCGCAGUCAAGGCGCCUUACGGGUUCAGCAAUAGUGUUCUGGCUCCAACCAAGAGCUCGCUAGCCAGAUGUGUGCAGCCAUCUCCGCCAUCAGCUGGUGCAACUGGCCGCACGACGGUCAGAUCCACAUCGACAUCAUCGCUAGGACCUUUGACCUCGACAUCGCAUUCCCGCUCGCCUCAACGACCUGCGAACCCUCCGUCUUCCUUCCGCCGCCGGUCUCCACCUCCAUCUUCGCGGCCUUCUGUGGCCGCCAACGAGUCGCCCACCAAGGGUGCGACUGUCAGGCCCACUCCUUUGACAAAAGUUCCGCUCUCAAUGGCGAAUAGGUUGGCGCCUUCGCAGCAAACUCGUCAGACCGGUGAAGGCGUCGAGUUGACGACCACGCCCAGUUCAGGCGACGUACGUCGCCGCCGUACGCUCAGUAAGCCGGUGUUGCAUCCGAUCCGUACUUCGUUUGCAGAGGAGCCUGGCGUUGCGCGUCCAUCUACUGCGAUGGGAUUCCGAGGGGCCAUGACCACCAAGGACCGCAAGAUGAGCCAGCCCACGCUCGACAUGGUCGAUGAUCACGAGUUCCUCGCGGCCCUCGAACAAGUUCGAGCCGUGCAGCGCGAGCGCAUCGAGGCGCAAGUCCAAGACGCCGAGAACAAGACGCGCCUGGCUCGUCUGGGCAUGAUGUCGGGCAAUUACCUCAAGACCAAAGCUUCGGGAUCUAUGCUCAACGAUGACGACCUUGUCAAAUCCUCAGCCGAUGACUCUCCGGCGACGACUACCCAAAUCUUGCAAGAGGGAGAAAGUGCGGCAACUCCUACGCCUGGCACAGCUGCCAAGUUGGGGCUACGUCACCGAAGGUCGGCUAGCGCAGAUUCCAAGCUGAGCAGUACGCAACCGAUAUCUGCACCGCUGCGAGACUCGGAGCGUGAAGUCGAUCAGCGGCAGAAGGACAUCGUCAAGGCGUACGUGGACAAAAAAUCUCCCGUCGGCCCGCCCACCUCGGGUCUCGAAUGGGGCGUCGGCAAGGCCAGCGGCAAGCUACACGACGGCGCGUUUGUCAAUGACGAUGACUGGAAGAAGGAGGUCAAGGCACUGUUCCUCAUUCGCGAGCUGGUGCAGACCGAGCGAAGCUAUGCGCGACAUCUGAGCAGCCUCCUGGCCGUGGUUAGCAAGAUGCCCGGAGUGGCUAGUGGCAAUUCGGUAGGCCCGGGCAUCAAACGCAAAUCUACGAGCAAUCUCUUUGCAGCCUAUUCAUCGGCCUAUGCGAGCAAGACGUCACCGCAAGCUGUGCCGCCCAGCCAUAUUGGGUUGUUGCGAGUAUUCCUGCCGCAGCUGAUUGCACUGAGCAACUCGCUCGUGCAGCGCGUCGAAGAAAAUCCUACCAGCGCCGGUGUCGGCGCCGCGUUCGACGUGUUAUCUGCCCAACUCGAGUCGACCUUUGUAGGUUGGUCUGCAGUGGCCUCUGAGGCUUUGCAGGAGAUGCGCUCGACGGAGCUGGCCAAGGCCAAAUCGGCGUACAAGAUUGGGUUGGUACCGCUGAUGCCUCGUGAGUCGACCGAGGUGGGAGCUUCGACGGUCGAGGCCUCGAGCAGCAUUGGAAUCUCAUCGCCAGCUUCAGGGUUGCGUUCGACAACGUUACGCAUGACUUCGCUCACACGUCCUACUUCGCCUAUCGCUGCGGCGCGUGCCGAUGCUGACAACGGGUCAUUGGCCAGCCAGGUGAAUGGUGCUACGCUGCCCGUGAAGCUGUCGAACAAGCGACGCAGCACCAUCACCAGCACCAGCUUUAUUGCGCCAAGUAUCGUCGUGGCUCCAGCUGCUGCGAAGUUGUCGGCAAGCCCAGAGCAGGAGCAGGGUACGGACGUUCUGGCUGCCUCACAUGUGGGCACUAGGGCGUCGCGGCGAUUUGGACAUUCGCGCAGCCAAUCGACGUUUGUCACGCCCGCAACGACGCCUACCUCCUCGGUUGCUCCUGAUGGAGGAUGGUCAGGACCCAGCAUGACGCCUUCGUCUGCUAAUUUGGCACCUGUGCCAGCGGCAGGCCUAACGCAGCAGCAGCGCGGAGUCAAGAGCCUGACGCCGAUGGAUAUCGCAAUCAUGCCGACGCAGCGCAUUCCGCGGUACGGACUCAUGCUGCGCGAUCUGUUGCGGAACACACCGCCCGAGUCGCUGUCGCAUGCUAGGGUGCAACGUGCUAUCUCGUUGAUUCAGAAGGUGGCGCUGCUGUGCGAUUCAGCAGCGCCUGUUCCGAUGGUGAAGACGGCCAAGACGGCACCGAGCUCGGGCGCCGCUACGCCGAUGAGGGCGGGGAGUGUGUUGGGGAUGACGAGUGCGGAUUCGCUUGUUGUGGGGGCGAGGCCGGAGCCGUUGCUUGCGACGACGGCGGGGGCGGGGGCGGCGGCGGGGUUUGGGGUGGGUAGGAGGGGUUGA